AUUCGAAAGCUUCGCAUUAAAACCACAAACCCCAGCCGCUCAUAUCAACAUCCGUCGACAAUAUGCAGUUCAACAAAGUUUUCGUUUUUGUUGCCUUGAUCGUGGCCGUAUUUAUGGGUCAAGCACAAGCUGGUUGGCUAAAGAAAGUUGGCAAGAAAAUUGAACGCGUGGGUCAACACACACGUGAUGCCACCAUUCAAACUUUGGGCGUAGCCCAACAAGCAGCAAAUGUUGCUGCAACCUUAAAAGGAAGAUGUUGCAUCGUCUCUGGCAUCAGUAGUCAUUCAAACCUCGCUAAAGAGCAAUCGAAACACCCACUUAACUAUACACAAGAAAACAAAAUGAAUUUCAAUGGCCUUAUUAUCUUGGUAGCCCUAGCGUUGGCCGUUUUCAUUGGUCAAGGAGAAACGGGAUGGCUUAAGAAAGUUGGCAAGAAAAUUGAACGUGUGGGUCAACAUACACGAGAUGCUGCUAUACAGACUAUUGGUAUUGCUCAACAAGCAGCAAAUGUUGCUGCAACAGUAAAAGGCAAAUAAUUUAAAAUUCCAAAGUGUUGAUAUUUAUAUUUUUAAGUAAUUUAUUGAUAAGCUAUAAUACUCGCAAUAAAAAUUAUCUA